AUGUCGUUGCCCAAGACCCCUGUUAGAGCCAGAAUCAGUAAAUUAUGGAACCCAAGUGACCAUGCGUCACUUCUCGGGAAGAAAGGCAACCACCUGAUUCUGGAUGAGGGCACUGCCGGAAUCAUUCGGAACCCUACCGAAAAGAUAGAAGACCGAUAUCUAAAGUUUGAGGUUUACGGUCAGGAGGACACUCGCUGGGGACUUUAUUGCAGCACCAAAAAGUUCAAGGACUUUGCCAUCGUUUCUGAGGAGAUCCUCGAAAUGGUCACUCUCCCGGCGCCAGGUUCUCUUACGGAAGUUGAUAAGCCGACUCCGGUCGCAAAGGCCGAUGAAAGUAUCGAAAUACCGUUUGAACGCCUUCUCGUCACAUUCUUCGAGUCGUGUAAAAUUCGUAAUGAUGAUCUAGAUCUUGCCGGGGUGAGUCUCCGUCAGCUUGAAAUGUUGAAACAGCCAAAGAAAAUCACGAGCAUCGCGGGGAAAAUGGUUCAAGGUUUCGAGAAGAUGGGAACUCUUGAUUUGUUUCGAGGUGGAAUGCCCAGCCUCAAGGAAAUCAUAUCGAGGGCUACCGAGGUCGAUAGACUCCCUGCUGAGGAGAGAAACAACUUAGACAACGAGCACGUACUCUACAUCACUGUCUACCACGGGAAGGACGACUCUUCCUCGGAAAAUUUCAGAGCCCAUUGCUUCUGGAAGAUGAGCACGAAGGGAACUGAAUACGUCAACAGCCAACGGCAGAAGAUCGAGUCCACAAUGCCAUCCCGUCGUUCCGUCAUUCGUUACGAGUAUAUGAAGAACUUCCUCAAGAGCCACAAAGGAAAGUGGGCUAUCUAUCCCAUCGCCAAGAUGGAGAAGCCUGACCCCUCUGACGGCCUAUCAUGGCAUACUUGGGCAGAAUAG